AUGAUACUAAUUUUCAUUUUAAAGAAGUUUUAUACAGAGUUUGAACUCGAUUCUAUCAUCAUUCAAAUCCGUUUUUUCUAUAUCCUAGAUACUGAGCAAAUAUCUACUCUUGUGCAAGGACUCUAUAAUUUUGAUCAAUCUCUUCAAAAAUGGAUUGAAUGUCCACAUAUAUCAUUAACAUCAGAUGAUUCAAAAAUUCCAUCAACAAAUGAAACAUGUCUUCCUGAACGAUGUCAUUUUGUAACAUGGAAUAUUUUAUUUGAUUAUUAUCAACCAACACUUAUUUAUACUUCUCAACGAUAUCGAUCAAUACUUGAUACACUUAAAUCACUUUUACCUGAUAUUAUUUGUUUACAAGAAGUAACUGUUAAUUUUCUUAAUCUUCUUUUAAAUGAAAUAUGGUUAAAAGAAAAUAAUUAUUAUAUUAUUAUUAUGAAAAAUGUUAUUAAUAGUAAUCAAGAUAAAUCAUAUGGACAAUUAAUGAUUAUGAAAAAUUUUCGACCAAGAUCAUUUUCAAUAUGUCCACUUAAUUUAUCGGAUGAAGAUAAAACAACAGUAACAAGACAGAAAAUAACAAAAGAAUUAAUCAUAGCUCGAUUUGGUUUAAAUAGUAAAAUAACAAUUGAUCUUGUUAAUCUUCAUUUACAUAGCGAUCUUUCACGUAAUUCAAGUGAAAAACGUUGUCAAACUUUAGAAAAUAUUUUUAAAAAAAUGAAAACAAAUAAUUAUAUGCUUAUUGGUGAUUUUAACUUUGGAGAUAAUCAUAUAAAAGAACAAAAUAUUCUUGCUACAUAUGAAAAUGAAGUACAUGAUUUAUGGAAAGAUAGUUAUCAUCUUGAUGAGAAUCCUGGUUUUACAUUUGAUCCAUCAAAUAAUCUUUGUGCUCGAAUUACAUCUCAAUCACAAAUAAAUCGUCGUUUAGAUCGAUAUUUAAUUCAUACAUUAGAUAAUAUAUCUUAUUCAAUUGAAUAUCUUUUAAUGAUUGGUAUUGAAACAAUUCCAAUUGAUCCAUUGAAUAUUGAUAAUAAUCAACGUAUUAAUCAAUCGGAUCAUUAUGCUUUACAAUUAAUUAUUAAUUUUCGAACAAGAUCAAUAAGUCAUCGUUCAGCACUUGUUAUUUUACCAACAAUAAAUACGUGGCCAUUAAUUAAUUCAUAUCGUGAACAAUAUGAUCCAUCGUUUAAUCGAUGGCCUCCGCAUUUUAAUUUAUUAUGGCCAUUUUUUGAUUUAACUGAUUGUCAAGAUGAUCAAGAAGAUAUUCUUUUACCAUUAAGACUUUUAUUAUGUCAAAUUGAAUCAUUUUCUAUUGAAAUAAAUGAAAUUGAUUCAUUUAUUGAAAAUAAUAUUAGUUUUAUGAAAUUAAAUCAACAAUCAACAAAAUAUGUUAAACAAUUACAUGAACAACUUAAACAAUUAUUUCCACAAUGUUCAAAAAAUAAUAGAAAUGGUUAUAAUCCACAUAUGACAAUUGCACAAUUCGAAAAUGAACAAAAAUUAAAUCAAGCUAAAUCAUCAUUGAGUUUAAAUGAAUCAUUUAAAUUUCCUGUUGAAUAUAUUUACAUCUUACAACGACCAUAUGACAAUGAUACAACACCAUUUCAUAUAGUUUAUCAAUUACCAUUAGGUUCUGUACUUCAACCAAUAAAUUCAAAACAAUUAAAUUGUGUUGAUAGAAAAUUACAAGAAUUUUUUCAAAUAAUGAAUCUUUAUGAAACAAAUGAAUCAUAUAAAAGAAAACAAGAAAAAUUCGAAAAACUUUCAUCUUGUUUUAAACAAAUGUUUAAUAAAGAUACAUUAAAUUGUUUUACUCAUUCAUUUUUACCAUAUGGAAGUUUUCGUAUUGGUAUUAAUGGACAAGAUCUGGAUACGAUAUUUCUCUUAAAUGAACUUAAAUCAACAAAUAAUGAAACAACAUUUGAUGAAACACUUCAUCAAUUAAAACAUGAUUCAACUGCAUUUAAUAAUCAUAUUGUUAAUUUACUUGAAACACAAAUACACGGAAAUCUAAAAGAUGAAAUAAUUUAUUAUCGAAACAUUCAAGCAUUAUUUCCAAUUAUAUCAAUUUUAUUUAAUGAUCAAACAAAAGUAAAAAUAUUUGUACAAAUUGAAAUAAAUAAAGAACAAUAUGCUCAAGAUAAUUCAAAGUUACAUUUGAAUUUUCAUGAACCUGUUAUUCGGGUUCAUGAAACUGAAUAUUUAUUGAUUCAUGUUCGUUCUCCACCUAUCUUUCAACAUCUUCUAACAUUUAUUCGUAUUUGGGCUCAACAUGUUGGUCUUUAUGGUCGUGCCUAUGGUUAUUUAAGUGGUUACUCUUGGUCUAUUUUAUGUGCACAUAUUUGUCAUACAUUUUUAUCAUCAAUCAAAUCUCUUUCAUCAAUUGAAAAUUUUUCUAUCGAUGAAUUUUUUUCAUUAGUUCAACAAUUUUUUUUAACUUUUGCACAAUUUAAUUGGUCAUCACAAGCAUUUCGUCUUUAUCCAAAAUCAUAUAAACAAAUGACUCUUUCAGAAAAAUCAUCAGUACAUAAUCGUGGUUCAAUGCGUAUUAUAUCACCAAGUUCGCCAUAUAAUAAUACAGGACGUUCAACAAUAAAUUCUACACGUGAUUUAAUUAUUCAAGGUUUUCAACGUGUAUUACAAUUACUUGAUACAAUAAAUACAAUAACUUGUGAAGAUAAAUCUAAUGCAUUAAAACAAAUUCUUGAAUUAAAUAAUGAUUUUCCAAAUGAAAAAAUCAAAUCACUUGUUCAAUUAACACUUUCAAGUGAAAAUAAUUAUGAACUUGAUGAAUGGAUUGGUUGGAUGAAAUCACGUUUAGCACAUUUUAUAAAUGAUUGUGAAGAAGAAUGUCAUUUAAUUAUUCAAACACAAAAUUUAAUUGAAUAUCGAUCAAAUAAUACUGAAGCAUUUUAUUCUAUUGCUUUUCAACUUGAUCCACAAACAUUAAUUCAACAUCGAAAUUUUUCUAAUUGUUUAAAGAAGUUUCUUGAUCAAUUUAAUUUGUGUCCAAAUCGAAAAGAAUCAAUGAAAAUUUCCUAUAAAAUAAUCUCAACACAUGAUUGGAAACUUGAACGAAUGCAAGCGAAACCUCAAAGAACAAUAAAAUAA